AUGUCUUUCCACCUCAAAAAUGCGGGGAUACGCCAAUUUGAGAAAGCCAGCGGUAGCCCAAGCGCGGAAAGGUCGGGAAAUAUAUGGGUUUACGGCCUCUGUUCCAUUUUCAUGAUGAUUCACCUUGACAGAGGGGGGUCAGACCAUCUGCUAAAGCUGCCAAAGCCCAGCGUAAGCCGGGGUGCAGUGCAGCUGCCCCGUCGAACGGAAGAAGCCAGCGAAGAAGGCAAAACGAAUAACCUUUUAAGGGAUUCACCAACGAUGACCUGCGCGACCACAGCCACGGAGGCCGUGUCCUGGGGAUCUGACGACCGGGGAAGCCCGAGCGGGCGACGACAACGACAACGGGUUGAUGAGGCCAUCGACAACUGACUGCCAAUGGUAAUUUAGAAAUGAACCAACGAGAUGCCCGUAAAGAUGCUCCACUUGCCUCAUGAAUAUAUACCAAUAGACCGAAUAAAGACGAACAAUGUGGUCGUGACUAGGCAGAAAGCGGCCAAGCUGAGUCGACGGCUUAAGCGGCCAGUGAUGGUGGAUACGCGUUUUACAGGAGGUGACUGGGGCCCUAAACCGGGCUUGACCGUUUGGAGGUUCCUGAGAAAGUCGAUCAGUUUGCUCCAAAGGACGAUCGCUUCGCAGCAGAGUCCGUCAUGACGACACGACCUCUGGAGCGUUAAGGUCUGUAUACGGAGCAGA